AUGGAGACAUUCAAUAGAGAUAAAUUGGUAAAUUGUGAGUUACAACCAUUAAAUGCUGAUGAAUUACCUUGGAAUGAACGGAGUAAAUUAUAUUUUUCUGUAUGGAAGGAGGGGUUGAAGAUUAAUAAAGAGAAUGAUUUCUUAUUUGAUAAAUUUGAUAGAAUCAGUGAUUUAGAAGUAAUCCAACAGAAUACGGAUUUAGAAUUGAUCGAUUAUAGAUUCAAAUUAAACGUUGAAGAUGAUAAAAGGACUGAGAUGAAUGAUGAUAAGGAAUCUGACUUUUUGAAUUUAUUUGAAAAGAUUGGAUUGGGUGAGGAUGCAAGUAAGGGUCAGGAUGCAUUCUCAGGAGAUAAAGGGAUGGAAGAUUUAAAGAAUGAUGAUUUUGAUUUUUUGAAACUUGCUAAUGAUUUAAAGAAGGAUGAAGAGAAAGAUUUAAAGAAUUUUGAAUAUGAUGAGUUUGAUUUCCUUGAUAAUGAUAAUGAUCUUGACUUCCUCAAGGCAAAUGAAAAGGAAGUAAGUGAUGAGAAACAGUCAAAAGAUAACUUUGAUUUAACAAAAUUAGCAAAUCACAAAGAAUCAGCAAAUGGUCAAGAAUUAAAAGAUGAUUCAUUAAAUGAUUUACGUACACAAUUGGGAUUAUUUGAAGAUUUAGAUACUAAUGAAUUUCCAGAUAUUGCUAAAUUAUGUGAAGAUAUAGAAAAUAAAUCACAAGAUGAUCAUUUAAAUGAAUUAAGAACACAAUUGACUAGUACCUCAACAUUCGACAUACCUGAAGAACCUAAAAAAGAACCAACUUUAGUAUUAAAAUAUUUCACCAAUGAGGAACUAAUUAAGUUAUACAACAAUUUGAAUGAAAACUUUACUGCCUCCUUACCUGGAGUAACUAAUAAAUUUACAACAUUUACAAUUCAAUUCGGUUCAUUAAUCACCCAAAAUGAAAAUAAUAAAUUGGUCACUUUUGAAAACAUACCGAAAAUCACUCCCAAUUCAAUUUUUAAAUUCUCACCAAAAGCACCAUUUAUAAAUGAUUUAGCAACUUCAUUACCAAGUAAACUGAAAAUACCAUUCACAAGAAAAUUUCAAAUUAAACUCCUACCUUCCAUCACUCAAUCAUUAUCAAGUGGAGAUUCAUUAGAUUCAUAUUUGAAAUUUCCACCUGUUGAAAUUCUUAUUGGAGAAACUGGAAAUAAGAAAAUAGAUUAUAAUUCAGUUGAAAUUGUUUCCGUUGAGUCAAUGAAUCUUCAAAAUAUUUACUUAGAAGAUCAAUUUUCAGAUUUACAAAUAUCAAGACAAUUAAUAGGAGAUUUGAAUAUUAAUGCCCAGCCUAAUCUCGAUCAAUUUUUGAAUGAAAGUCAGCUUAAAUGGGGCAAAUUUGAAAAUAAUAUUUCUAAUGAAAUUAAAUUAUUAAUUAAUGGGAAAGAAGUAAAAUAUUCAUAUGUUGAAUGGAUAAAUAAGACUGAAUUUAAAUUUAAAUUUGAAAAUAGAGAUAUUAUACUAAAUAUGAUAGAUGGUGGAGAAUUAGGAAAUAAAUCAAUUGAAGUAAUGAUGGGAGAAGGUCAAUUAACCAAAGAUGAAUUCGUCCAAUUCUUUAAUGAUUCAUUGAAAUUUUUACAAUUAAUAAAAUAA